AGAAGCCAACGAUUUUUGAAAGGGACAAACUCGAGAACGAAAAUUUCGUCGGUGCGGGAGAGUUUGGAGAGGUGUUCUGUGCUGUACUGCGACACACGGACGAUGUGGUCGCCGUGAAAAUCCUCAACACACCUCAGCGCCUCAAAAAGAUUGAGUUGGAUGCUCUCAUAAAAGAAAGAGGCGAGUAUUCUUCAGAGACCGCGGGGACACGUCAAUGUCGUGCAACUGAUGGGCAUCUGUGUCGGUAUCAACCCACUCCACUAUGCUCUCGUACUGGAUUAUGUUGAUAACGGAAAUCUAGAAGACUUGUUGCUGUAUGAACGAGAGAAGCAGCCGAUUGUGAAGCAGUGGAACUGUCGUUGUAGCAUGGGGUUGGAUGUGUCAAGGGGAAUGUUGUAUAUUCACAAUCAGAAGGAUCUGAUCACUCUGACACACUUGAAAAGCUCUCAUGUGCUCGAGACGCAAACUUAUCGCUGCAAGAUUUCUAAUUUUGGGCUGGCCAAAUUUUGAGUCAUUUGUGGCAAUACGUCUCCUCCUUUUGGUCACCUAUGACAUCGAAGCAGUUUUGCAGGAAUGUUACUGUUUAUUGCUCCAGAACGACUUACAGGUAACGUAAAUCCUACUAAAAGACAGAAGAUUGAUGUUUAUGGAUUUGCUGUUGUGUUAUGGCAGCUGAAAGAAAUGGCAAGGCCAUAUGCAUCUGAGAAUUUUGCUUCUGCUAUUCGUGAGAACGUAAUUGCUGGUGUACGGCCAAAGAUAAGUGAAGAUCGCAGCUGUCAAUCGGGGUUAGUACAGCUCAUCAGAGUUUGCUGGAGUAUAGAUCCUGAUGCCAGGCCAGACUUCAUGCAUUUGUUGUGGCUUCAGACGACACUACCAGUUGGCCAGGAGGUCUUGGUCUCAGAGAAGCACUAACCUCAUCAGCGGCUGCUUUCAUAGGAAGUUGCAAUACCACCCAAAAGUUGAUUCAAAGUCUCUUAAGAAACGCAGGCAAUUUGAACAUCGAAUUUGUGGAAGAGGUAUUUUGUCAUGAUUUUCAAGUUCAAGGCAAAAAUGAAGCGUACAGUAUUCUUGGAAAGAAAUUGCCUGCAAUGCACACUUUGGAUCUCAAUACAGCUUCUAGUGGAAUAUUCAGAAACAGCUACAUUACAAUGUUUCAACUCCUUAAUGGAAAAUGGGAGUUUUAAGGCCUGUCCACACUAGACCAGAAUGGAUCACGAUCCGAUCGGGAUAGCGAGCGUUCACACUGCACUUUGAAAACGAUACCUCCGCCUCAUUUCGCUUUCACGUGACUGAUGACCGAUGUGUAUGUGUGGUUUCUUUGCUUGUAGAAAGCGUUGAUACAGCGACGUAAGGUGAGCGAGAACAAAGACGAGUGAGGAGUGCUAGAUGUUCCGACUACGUGCGUAGCGUACGUGAAGGUAACGCCCACUAUUUCUAAUUGGAUUCAACCGAUCGCGAUCGAAUCCACCUCGCGAUGUGGAUCGGACGGAUCGCGAUUGAGUUGCAAGUGUGGACAGCGUUGCGGUUGGAUUGCGAUCGGAUCGCGAUCCAGUUGCCAGUGUGGACAGGCCUUAAGAGACAAAGCUCGUCUGAACACAAUUUCGUCAAACCAUGCGGGGGACUUGGUUGCGGGCAUUACCCAACCCCAAUCUAGGCCUCACCAUUCCUCCACAUGAAUUCGUAAUUGUGAUCUGGACAUGGCUUGGCAUCCGAUAUUUCCUCUUCCACCAUCUUUUGUUUUAUGCUGUUGUGGCGCUACAAUUGAUGCGUUUGGUGACCACCUAAUCAGCUGCCCUAGAGGUUCGCUACGUGUUCAACGUCACAAUUCUCUUUGUGAAGUAAUAUUGCAAGCUUUGCUUGUUGAAAACAAGCAGGUCAAAGAAAGAACAGAACUGCUCAGGUUAUGAUUCACGCAGACCAGGAGACGUAUAUCAUCCAGAUUUCAUGGAUGGUCAACCUGGAUAUUUCGAUGUUACAAUCCGUAACUCUUUACAGCCUUUCUAUAUUUUGAAAGCAGUGAUCCGUCCUGGUGCAGCAGCAGAAGCAGCAGAAUUUGAAAAAGAUGCCAGGCAUGAAGCCAAUGGUACCACAGCAGGUGGUCUAUUCUAUCCACUAGUUUUGAAUCUCUUGGCUUCGUAUCAUCUUUCAUUCUAAAGACUCUGAAAGGAAUAUGUUCAAAGUCAUCAUCAAUCAGUGGGAUACCGUUUCCUUGAGCUUUCAAGAGCAUAUUAGAACAGUUGUCUGUAACGCUAUGGUGCUACAAUGCCAAGAUGUUACAUGAACAUAUGCAAUUAGAAGUUUUAGAUGUUUGUAGUUGGGAUUUGCUUACUUGACUUGGGAGAGAUGUUGGGGUA